UUUCACUUCACGAAGAAGAUCUUCAUUUUUGACUAGGGACUGAAAGAUUGAGGUUUGACCCUCUCUCAGUCCUGGGUCCGCAAAUAUGAGUGAUGAUGAAACAAUGGAGAUUGAAGAGGAUGAGUGGACAGGGCUUUCUAUUCAACAGGGCGCUGAAGUUCCUGUCUCAGAGAGGUUGGCUCCAUAUCAGACAUUGAAUAGCACGGAGGGUUAUGUUUUCAAGACUGACUACGAAACCCGACUUCGUCGGUUCCUGUGUAUUGGGACGGAUGGGGGUACCUACUACACUGGUGAACGAGAUUUGACCAGGGAAAACGCUGGAUGCAUUGUCAGGAUGAUCAACAAUGGUGAUGGAUUGAAAGUUGUGGAGACAAUUAGAGAAUUCAGUGUGGAGAACAAAGCAUGCAAAGCAAAUCCAAUCAUGUUUGCUUUGGCUUUGAGCUGUCGUUCCAAUGACCCCACAACUAAAGAAGCUGGCUACAAGAUUCUGUCAGAUGUCUGUCGAAUUCCAACACACCUGUUCCAGUUUGUUAAGUAUUGCCAAGAAAUGAAUCCUUAUGGGAAGGGAUGGGGAAGAGCUCAUCGAAAGGGGGUGUCCACUUGGUACCAAAACUACAAUAAGAAGAAAGAGGGAAUUCUGAUGCUAGCCCAUCAUGUGACCAAGUACAAGGCCAGGUUUGGGUUCAGCCAUCAGGAUGUGUUCCGACUUUGUCACAUUAAGACCACCUAUGAUGCACUGGGGUAUUUGGUCAGCUACAUUUGUCGAGGGAAGGCUGCCACUGAGAACCAGUGGAAAAUGAGCUGGGCAAUGAGAGAUGAGGGAUUUGAACAGUCUGAGUUGAAGAAAGUCAUUGAUCUUCUAAAAGUGUUCGAAGAUGCGCAGAAAUGUACCAAUGAAGAACAGAUGAAACGCAUGAUUUUGGAGCAUCACUUGGCACGAGAACAUGUGCCAACAGGGCUGUUGAAAUCUAAGGAAGUCUGGGGGGCCUUGAUGAGGCACAUGCCAAUGACAGCCAUGAUUCGAAACCUUGGGAAAAUGUCCAGUCUUGGUCUCUUGGAAUCUGACAGCUUUGGGGAACAAAUCACUACUGAAAAACUGAAGAAUGAGCAGUUGCUAAAAGCAGGCAGGAUCCAUCCAUUUACUCUCUUAGUCGCCAUAAAAGCAUACUCCAAAGGGAAAGGUGAGCUGGGGAAGCUUGAAUGGCAAGUAAAUCGGAGAGUUGUAGAUGCAUUGCAAGAAGCUUUCUAUCUCUCCUUCAAACAUGUCAAGCCAACAGGAAAGCGGUACCUAUUAGCAGUGGAUGUGAGUGGUUCCAUGAAUGUUCCAGUUAUGGGUACUCCAAUCAUAACAGCAAGAGAUGCUGCAGCAGCCAUGAUGAUGGUAACUGUUCGAACGGAACAGAAUUAUGAUGUGGUUGCAUUUGCUGGUGGCUUGAAUUCUUUAACCAAAUUAGCAAUUUCACCACAGGAUAACAUCACUGCAGUGUUGGAGAAAUGCUCCAGGCUGCGAUUUGCCGCUACAGACUGCUCAGCUCCAAUUGUUGAUGCCAUCCAAAAUAAGAAGUUAUAUGACGUCUUUGUGGUGUAUACAGACUCGGAAACCAACUAUGGCUCUGUACAUCCAUCACAAGCACUGAAGAACUACCGCCAUAUUUCUGGGGUGAAGGAUGCCCGUCUGAUUGUGUGUGGUAUGGCCAGUAAUGGGUUUACUAUUGCUGAUCCUGAAGAUCCAUGCAUGAUGGAUAUUGUCGGAUUUGAUUCUGGUGCCCCAGGCGCCAUCCACCAAUUUGUUACUGGGACCAUUUAAAUAUUUUAUCACAAAGAAUUCCAAUACACAGAUGAAUCUUCUGUUGUGCAAAGAGAUUUCAUUAUGUUUUGAACAUAGCUUGAAGUGUUAUACAGUAUGGAACAAUGUUUAACUUUUGUAUAAUGCUACUAACGAGUGUAUACAUUUGGCUAACCUUAUAACAUUUCCAUUUGUAGUAGUUUAUAUAAUGUAUUGAUAAUGUUCAAUUAAGAAAACUAAAACAUUUUUAA